AUGGCAUAUACACCUGGCGAAGCUACACCUCUACUAGGUCCCGCUUCGGCUGGACCAUCCUCCAAGAUACUCAGCGAGACAAAAGUAUAUCCGUUGAUUCAUCUGAUAAGGGUUGAUAUCAUGGCUCAUAUUGAUGCGCCAUUGACCUAUGAACAACUUUUGGCACCAGAGUCUACUUAUACGAUAGUACGGCCGUUGACAGAGAAAUACCUUGAACUGCAAAAUCAAGCUGCUGUAUUUUGCUUGUUGCUCAACAAAAUCCAAUUCACUAGAGACUCCAACCAACUUUCCAUAUCUACUUUAUCGACUGCUCGAGCGAAUUUAUGUGAGAUCUUGGCUAUAAGGGUAUUGAGAGGAUGGUCAGAACGAUCUUUACCACUUGCUACGGUGCUUUUAACUCCCUGGGCGUUAUUUCAAGGUGCAUCGGAAGAAGUCUUGGAAAGAGCAAAAGAAGAGGGAGAUGAUGAUCUUUUGACACAGGGUGGAAAUGCUUUGGAAAUGGCGAUUAUCAGUGGUUCGAAGAGGUUUAUACGGAGUCCUUCAUGUCAAAAAGUAAUCGAGGGGAUCUGGUCUGGUAGAAUCAUAUACUCUGCUCUGAACGCCCAUGCUCUAAUAGCAGAUAAUUAUAAGAAGAAACCGAUACAGAUGUAUAAUCCGCACAAAGCACCUCUGCUGGAUCAUUAUCGGCUGAAAGUCCCUCGUGUGCGAUCAAUGUUGGAAUACGUGAACUUCCUUGUCCUUUUUACCCUUUAUGUGAUCGCUAUAGAAGGACUGGAUGCGAAUAGGUUAAAUGGGAGGGAAUUGGCUUUUGUCAUCUAUGCCUUGGCUUUCUCUCUGGACAAAUUGGCCGCCAUACGAGAACAUGGAUUAAAAGUGUUCAGUAGUAGUCUUGUCAAUGGUUUUGACCUAGUGUUCAUGUUGAUCUACGCGGUGUACCUUGGAGCGAGAACAUACGGAUUUCAUUACCAUGAUCAGAAUGCCUUGGAGUUAGGUUCAGAUUGGUUGGCUAUUGGUGCCGUAUUGAUCUUUCCUAGAUUGGCGUUUGUGACAUUAGCCAACAACCUGAUGGUUUUAAGUAUACGGUCGAUGUUGACUGAGUUCUUCUUUUUGAUGAGUGUCGGAUUCUUCUGUUUCCUUGGGUUUCUAUAUGCCCUCUUCACACUUGGACAAGGGAAGUUUGCCUUGUCCCAGAUAGGAUGGUGGUUACUAGAGGUAUAUUUCGGCUUGGACGCAUCUGGAUUCGAACAUGCUCAUGUAUUCCACCCAUUCCUCGGUCCAGUCUUGAUGGUCUCAUAUGCUCUCCUCUCAAACACUCUUCUGCUUACUGUAUUGGUUGCUAUCCUUGGUAAUACGUUUGCCACUAUCAAUGCGGAUGCUGCGGCGGAAUCGAUGUUCAGAAAGGCUGUAUCGACUCUGGAAGGUGUCAAAGCGGACGCCGUAUUCAGCUAUCAACUCCCUUUCAACUUGGUUGCUGUAGUAGUCAUGUGGCCGAUGAGUUAUAUCCUUGGUCCGAGAUGGUUCCACAAAGUCAAUGUAUCCAUGAUCAGAGUAUCCAGUCUGCCUAUACUCUUGGUCAUCGCACUCUACGAGAGACAAUCUUAUCGCGAACAAACUUUGAUGGAACAAUUUGGCGACUUUGCGGAGAGGUAUGUAGGUAAUCUGCCUAGACGUAUCAAGGCGGCAGCUGGAUUUGAUAAUUUUGGCAAUCGACAUGAUAUCGAAACUGUCUUUGAGAUCGAAAGAGAAGUGGGAGAUUUCUAUAGAGGAUGGGACGACGACGUAUUUGAGGAAUCGGAUUUCCAAUUACCUCCGCCGAUCGAAUCAACCUCACCGUCUUCCUCAUCAGACGAAGCUGAAGAAGACGAAGCGAAACGUCGGGUAAAUCGAAAACUUGACAAUGGAUCUGCACCCACCAGUGCAACACCGACAAAAUUGAUGUUCACCGAUUCAGCUGCGAUGACAGCCUCGCCUUCUGGACUUGAGCAUGAUCUUGAGACGGGCAAGCCACCCUCUGAAGGUGUACCAUCUCCCAAACCUGCUACGAGAAAACGAACGAGCUCGAUGCCCUCCCAGCCUAGAUCGCCUAAUAUCGAUAUUCGACCUCGACAUCAAUCUAACGCUCAUGCUCUCGCCCACUCGCAAGCUCAGGGACCUAUCACCAGGCCGAGGCGAAACUCUUCCAUGCAGAUGCAUGGUCCUAGUCCGCUGGCUCAAUUGUUCAUGAUGUCGCCUGAAUCCGACAGAGGAUUCCAUAAUAGGAGGAACUCGAUGGCAGGUAUUGCACUGAGUACUUCCCAUCCUGCGCUCAAUUCGAUGUUGGGUCCGAAUAGAAGACAAAGAACGAUACUGCAGCCGACACCUCACCAACAGCAACAACAUCAGCAACAUGUCAAGUCUGGGUCAGAAGGUGAUCUUCUUUCAUCUGGACCAAUUGGUGAGGUGGACGUGACUUCAAAAGUAGCUGCUAGGCUGAAUAAGCCGAGACUCAAUCGACCUGAUAUCACCCCGAUCGUCGAAAGUAGACAAGCUUCUUUCAGUGGUAGUCACAUGAUGGGCGGACCUACUACUUCAGAAGGUUCAGUCACACCUACACCUACGAUAUCCAAAGGUACUGCAGCAAAUUCAUCUAGGACUGCACUAGAUCAGAAAGAAGAUAGUAUAUUAGGUAGCGCAGCCACAAUCAAGAGUAAUCAGAGUGCGCCAUUCCCCGAAUCUUCUAUUGCUAGCGCACCGAGUACGACAAGGAGUGUACGAUUCCCUGGAUCACCUUCGAUCACUCCGAACAACUCAAAUCCACCCACAAGAUCAGCUAGUCCAUCGACGUCCAACUCUACAUUGAGAAUACCUUCUUCCUCUGGUACUGGUACUUUAUCGGGCGGUGGACCCAAGUCGCCCCGGCCAAAUAUCAUCAAAGCGAGUCAGGUCGAGGCUAUGCAAUUGAACAGACCCGAGGACGAAAUAGGCGCAAUGAAUAUGGGGAUGGAGAAGAGGUUGGAUGGGAUCGAGAAGAGGCAGAAGAGGAUUGAGGACAUGUUGGAGAGGUUGUGUAGGGGCUUGGGUGAGAAGGAUAGAGAGAGGGAGAGGGAGAGUUCAAGGGGCAGAUGA